AGGUGGGCACUGAAUUCUUAUCGGUAUGUUUGUUGCAUUUACUGUGUUUGCCCUGUUUGCGCUUCCUCCUGUGCAUGGACGGUGCAGGUCUGCUCAAUUCAAAUUGCAAAGGCCCCUUGGCAAAGCGCAGCCUUGUUUGAGAUCUGCCAGUGGGAGCCCGCGCUCACCCUUGGAUCGCAAGCUAAACCACUUUCGACUCUAGAGAGACAACCCUGGAACAUAGUUUCGCGCCGCCCCCUUUUUACCCCAGACUCAAGUUGACUUAAACUGCAUCCGUUUAAGAACACCAACGCUGUGCUAAUGAGUCCACCUGCCGCUGACAGCAGUAGCCACCGGCCGUGUCAUCUACCGUAUAUCCUUUUUGCCAGAAAGCUCAAACUGAAUUGGGUACCUCCAGACCAGCGAUAGACAAAUUGUUCAAUCGCCCUACCGAUACCCUCUUCCCGAACCACGCGCGAGGUUCUUCGAGAAACCGGCCGGGCUUACCGUCGGCUUGCGACGAUGCUUCCAGAAAUCCAGGACGAGGGCAAGAUGCUCCACUCGAGCGUUUUUAGCACGGUCUACUUGAUUGAUGGCAAGAGCGUGCGCAAAUAUCCCGAAGCGAGCCAGUUCCCGGAUUCACCACUCGUGGCACUCGAGAACGAGACGUGCGCGUACAAGACGAUUGGGCCACACCCUCGGAUUGCACGAUGGAUCCCCGCCGAGACAGCCGUGGCCGAGUAUGUCGAGAUCGAGUAUUAUCCGCACCGCAGUAUCCGUGACUACAUGCAAAAACAGAACAAUCAAGUCCCGCUCGCUCUGCGGAUCAAGUGGGGGGCGCAGAUGAUCGAAGCUCUGGCUGUGAUUCAUGCCAAAGGGGUCAUCCAUUCCGACUUGAAACUAGAACAGUAUCUGCUCGAUAACGACAUGAAUGCUCGGCUGUCGGACUUCAAUGCUGCCUCGUGCCCAGGGCGACCUGCACUUGGCUAUGAAAAAGCAACCCACUUCCUCCCAAGGCCGCCGGAGGAGGACAAUACCGUGCGCACUGACCUAUUCGCUCUGGGAUCCACGCUGUACGAGCUGGCGUAUGGGAACUUCCCGUAUCACGAGCUCUAUCCCGAUGAAGCUCUGCUCUUCUCGUCGAGCGAUUCAAAGCUACUGGCCUUCUAUCAUCAACGUCAGGGGGCUGAUGCCCAAGUUGAAAGAGCAUACGAACAAGGCUUGUUCCCGGACGUAUCUGGAAGUUUCUGUCAAAACACCAUUUUGGGUUGUUGGAACGGCAACUUCGCUUCUGCCCAGGAGGCCCUCCUUGCAUAUAAGUCUGAAAGCCGACACAUGUCUGCAAUUGAUGCAUCCUGUGAUGCCAUUGCUACGGAUGAGAUCAAAGCUGCUCUCUAGAAGAGACAGAAAAAUGAAUGUGUAUCCGUUGCCACGUAUGCAACCGCGCAUUUGAGGAUGAGUGAUUGAAGCCUCUCCUUGAUACCAGGCGUCAAGCCUGCGUACAAGCCUUCUGUUCUUCGCGUUUUCAGCAAAGCAUACGUAGGUAGUCCGACAUGUGUAUGCAGGUUUCUUGCCAACCCUUCGCCAUGAACAUCCCGCCAGAGAUUGAUCCUUGCCCUAAAUGCAAUAGUCAGGAAGGCGGACGAGAGCUAGAUUUCUUGGUAUUCGGUACGUCUGACCUGGUGAUGGCGGAUGUUGGCCGGUGUCGCCUUUGGCCAGUUGCUCCUGGCGGUUCAUUUGGAGCCGUUGGUCUUCUUCGUGCGGCUGGACCCGAGGUAGGUACGUUUG